UGAAAACCGGAAACAUCCGCGUUGUCUCGACUCCGCGUAGAGUGCUCUUUGACAGACGGAUGAUAGCUUCCUGAGCAAGUCCUACUUUGUUUAUGUCACGUAGCUAGCUAGCUUGCUUGCUAACUGACGGCUACAAAAGUGCUUUGUUUUCUUAUUAAGCGGAUUACUGCACUGAUACAUACAUUUCUGGCGUAGAAGGUGAAUCUAGAUUUACAUGACCCGGGGUUGUUUGGUACGAACGCCUCUGGUGCCGUUAGGAGAAUGAACUCCAUCACCGGUCGGGAUCACCCUGUACACGCCUCCUCUGUCAACUCUGGAGCCUCAUCUUCUCGAGGCUUGCACGUAGAACUCACAUCUCAGCAGAGGCGGUUACGUCAUCUCAGAAGCAUCGCAGCCCGCAACAUCGUCAACAAGAAUGGCUCUCCACUGUUGGACACAUAUUUUACCCUUCAUCUCUGCUUAGAGGACUGGAUAUCCAGAGACUUUUACAAGAGUGAAGUCAUCCGAGAUUCAUUGAAUCCAACAUGGCGGAGCCUGGACUUUGGCAUGCUGCCGGACCUCCUUGACACAUCUGUGUCCUGCUUCGUGGUGAGGAUCUGGGGCGGUUGGGAGGAACAGUUCACACUCCUCAUAGAGUGGAAGGUCAACCUGGAUGGGCUCAGAUACACAGGGCAGCAGAUCCGCUCCAGGAAUCCAAAUGAAAUCAUAUUUGGAUUGAAUGAUGGCUACUAUGCAAGUGACUUUGAUCAUAAGGUUGAAAUGUGCCUGUUUCAGGACCACUCUGAAAGGAAGAAGAACAGUUUACUCCUUGUGGACCAGAGUUCAGUGAGGAACUCCUACAGUGUCUUCUCUCUGCUGAGGCUCCACACAGCACAGAGAGCCAUCAAGCAGACCCAGGUGACGGUGCAGAAGAUCGGGAAGGAGAUUGAGGAGAAGCUGAGGACGACAGCGGCCUGCAACGAGCGGAAGAAGGAGCGGGAGUGUAUGCAGCUGCGUCUCGGGAUGCUACGAGGUGAGCUGGAGAGACAGAGGAAGGUGCUGGGCCGGGAGACAGACCUGCGGCAGAAGGAGAGAGCACAGCUUCAGAAGAAAGAGGAAGCGUUCUCCACCAAACACCACAGUCUGGGGAUGGAGAGGGAGUCGUUAACAGAGCAGCAGAAAGAAUGCACUGCCAAAAGAGAGCUGUUCCUCAAGUCCAACGCUCAGCUCACCUUCCGCUGUCGUCAGCUCCUCUCUGAGCUGUCCUACAUCUACCCCAUCGACGUGGUCACCACGGCAGCUAAUCAAUCCGAUUAUGUCAUCUGUGGAGUGAAGCUGCCCAACUCUGAGGAUUUCCAAGCGAAGGAUGAUGGGAGCGUUGCGGUUGCCCUGGGUUACACGGCCCACUUGGUGCUGAUGAUCAGUUGCUUCCUGCAGAUCCCUCUCAGGUAUCCUGUCAUCCACAAAGGCUCCCGCUCCUCCAUCAAGGACACCAUCACAGACAAGCUCAGUGAGAAGGAGCGAGAAUUCCCACUUUACCCUCGAGGAGAGCGUUUUCAGUUUGAGUACGGAGUCUACCUGAUCAACAAGAACAUUGCCCAGUUGAGAUACCAGCAUGGCCUGUCCACUCCAGACCUGCGCCAGACCCUGCCCAACCUCAAGAACUUCUUGGAGCACGGCCUUCUGGUCCGAUGUGAUCGGCAUCAUGUCUCCAGCUCUAUCCCAGUCCCGACAGGAGCCAAGUCUCAGAGCAGUGUCUCGGCUGCGUCAGAGGUGGGAUUCCCCACCAACACCAGCUCUCCAGACCGGGGCUCACUGAGGAAGAGGGCCAGCUCUGAGGCCGACAAGCAGAAGUACAAAGUCUCUCUUCCUCCCAGCUACAACACGGCCAUGGCCAUAGACCAGCCACAGGGGGGCCUGCCGCCGCCCUCCCCCUCCCUCAAACACAUGUCCUCCUCCCUGGACGCUAGCAUCGACCUGGCCAAGACUCUGGAGGUCCAGGCACAGCAGACACCAGCCCCAGGAGAGGAGGAUGGAGACGGAGAGGUAGAGGUGGUAGAGGAGGAGCAACUGCCUUCCACCACCACAGGAGGCUCAGAUUGCCCCACUCCGGCUCGGGACAGCACCAUUGAGGAACUGGAGGAGGUGGCACUCACCAGCAAGCAGAAUACCAUGAACGGCUCAGUGGUGCCAGGCUACGGGCUGGCGGGGCCCACAACCGGGCUAACAGUGACCAUGGCAUUGAACCCAGAGUUGUGCUGCUCUGUGGAGCAGGCAGAGGAGAUCAUGGGGACUGAGGCCACAGGCCUGGGACUGGGGGACGGGGCCAGGCUGGAGGACUACCCCUGCAUCCCCGUGGAGCACGCUGUGGCCGUGGAGUGUGAUGAGCAGGUGCUGGGUGAGCUGGAUGCCGCCGGCUUCGAGGAGUUCUCCCGCCGCAUCUAUGCACUAAAUGAGAACAUGUCCAGCUUCCGCCGGCCACGCAAGAACUCCUCUGAGAAGUGACAACAGGAGAGCAGGACCUGAGGGGAGGGCUGGGGUGAGGGCAGGACUGGAGUCACAGGACACAUGAGUCCGGGACAUGAACUUAGUGGAGAGGAGGGGGGGGUCUUGUGUGUUUUGGUGUGUGUGUCACUCCCUUUCUCCAUGCAUCAAUAGAAAUCAAACGUAGGAACUACGGUAUUUGGAAUGUGACAAAUUUGCACUUCUUCUCGAAAAACAUGUAUAUCAGAGGAGGCUGGUGAGCGGAGCUAUAGGAGGACAGGCUCAUUGUAAUGACUGGAAUGGAAUUCAUGGUACGGAGUCAAACACAUCCAACAUAUGGAAACCACGUUUCACUCCAUUCCAUUUUUUCCAUUGCAGCCAUUACAAUGAGCCUGUCCUCCUAUAGCUUACCAGCCUCCUCUGAUUUCUAUAAUCCUUUGAAAUUAAAUAAAGCAAAUGUUUGUGG